AUGUAGAUUGUAGUUGAGAAUAUGUCGCUGAAGUCAAGUCAAGUAUAUCCAUGUCAAAUAAAAUGACUUUCAUUGUUUAAAUGCUUUUUAAAAACAUUAAUCAAAAAUCAAAUCUGAUUCAUCUAUAUAACAUAGAUAAAUAAUUGACUCUUCUGAUAAAUGCUCAAUAGAUUAUAAUGUUACGAAAAAUUUUUAUCCUCAAGAUAAAUAUUUUUCACGUCGGAUAUAAAUUAUUUGGAAAGGAAUAUCAUGAAUAGAUGAGAUUAUUUAAUUUAGCAUAUUAUGAAGUCAACGUUUACAAUCUAAACUAGAUUGUACAAACUGUAUACAACGAUCUUAAGCAAUCAGUUGAGAUACGAGUGAUUGUUGUCCUUAAAAAUUUUUCAAUUUCACAAAUGAUUUUCUGAUAGUCAUGUAUGUGAAUCAAUUUCUUCAUAUUUUUGAAAAGCUGAUCCUCCUUCGAAAAAUCGUGUUGGCUCUUUCGAAGUUCAUAAUUAUUGCACCAUAUAUUAUGUAUAUGCACUUUCAAAAAUAGGUGUCACCAUCUCUGUGUUUUAAUUUGCUUCUCCGAAUGUGAAAACAACUAAGUUAGGAUUCUAUUUUCGUUAAAAAGAAAACAAAUUUCUUAAUCUUGCAUCAUCAAUUAUCUUAUAAUAUAAUUAAGUUAGCCUAAAUCAUUGCAUACAAGAUUGAUAUUUCAAAUUGUCGCUAGUGUACAUUCAAAAUCAGAGGACAUCUGGAGAAUUCUAUUUUACAAUAUAUUUUUAUGUUGAAGAGUAGUUACAUAGACAUAAAAAAAGACUUUUUCUUCAUAGUAUCUCUUUAUUAUCAAAGUAGCAUUUAACUAUUCUUACCUUAUAAAAAGAAAGAACGAAAAAGAAAAAGACAAAAAAUAAGUGUACAUGACGACAUGAUAGCAAACACAGUUUAAAUUAUCGAAGCGACAAACAAACAUAUUAUCACAUGAUGAGUAGCGUACUCAUAUUAUUACUACUAUUUAUCGUUAUAUAUAUAAUUGGUUAUUUUAUUUAUAAAAGUUAUUUCUAUUUUCCACCGAUUGAAAAACAUCAACUAAGAAAUAAACGUAUAAUAAUAACUGGAGCAUCACGUGGUAUAGGUGAAGAAUUAGCCUAUGAAUACGCACGUUAUAAUUGUCGUCUUAUAUUGGCUGCACGUAGUAUUGAUAUAUUAAAAAAUCAAGUUGCUAAAAAAUGUCUUUCAUUGGGUGCAACACAAGUUGAAUGUAUUCAAUUUGAUGCAUCAACUGAACAAGCAUGUGUUGAAUUAAUUAAUAAAACAAUUGAAUAUUAUCAUGGUAUUGAUAUACUUGUACUUAAUCAUACUACAGCAGUUUAUGGACCAUUUUUUAAAAGUAAUAUUAAAACAAAUAUUGAAAAUAUGAAAAAAGUGUUUGAUGUAAAUUUUUUUGGAUAUUUUCAAACGACAAUGGCAGCUCUUCCUCAUUUAUCUCAACAUGGAACAUAUGAACAACCAUCUCAAAUAAUUGCAGUAUCAUCAAUAACUGGUACUUGUCCAUUUCCUCAAACAACUAUUUAUGGUACAACAAAACAUGCUAUUCAAGGUUUCUUUUUGAAUCUUGCUCGUGAACUUCGUACUUCUGAACCAUAUCAAAAUCGUGUUACAGCAACUGUAGCUGUUCUUGGAUUAAUUGCUACUGAAUCUGCACUUAAUUCAACUAACAAAAGUCUUCAUUUUUUAGCGGCUGACGUACGUAAAACUGCUCAAGCAAUUAUAGCUGCUGGUGUUUAUCGACAAACUCGUUUAUUUUAUCCAUAUUCUUUAGCAAUCAUUCCACCACUUUAUUAUACAUUCUCUCCUUUAUUUGAACUUAUAGCUCGCUUAGGCGAUUGA